GAAUGUACAGAUCCUUGUUGCAACGCAACUUCGUGCAAAUUGAUGCCCGGAGCCCAGUGUGCCACUGGAGACCCUUGCUGUCACCAAUGCAAGCUACGCAAUGCUGGACAUGUCUGCCGCGUAGCCCAAAACGAAUGUGACCUCCCCGAAUUCUGCGAUGGGGCAUCGCCACGCUGCCCUUCCAACGUCUACAAGCAAGAUGGCACCUUGUGCGAAGGAGGCAAGGCUGUUUGCUAUGGGGGGAUCUGCCCCACUUACUUAAGCCAGUGCCAAGGACUUUGGGGUCCCG